AUGCAGUGCCAACUUCCACGCCCACACCAUAUACUGGCCGAAUCCAUCUCGGCGGAUUGGUUCCAUCACGAACGACUUAUUCGCCGGCUGAGCGACUGCGACGUCUUCGCUGACCAUCCACUAGAGAGCCAAUGGGGAUAUGCCGAAGCCAGGCUCCCUACGUUGACGGUCGAAGCAGCCUUUUCAGCGCAUUCGGGUUUUCAACGUCUGGCUUCGUCAGAUUCCCCCAGCUCUCGAGACGGCAUGUCUCACAAAGCAGUUAGAAAUGGGAUACUCGCUCGGGCAAUCGUCCUGUUGGUUUUCAAGAUUAUGAAAACUCGGCUUUUUGUACGGUGGUUCCCUCAGCCGAACUGCAUCGUCUACGUGACAUCCAAGAUAUGCAUCAAGUCGACGUCAUUCACAAGCCUCGCCGAGGCCGAGGCCAUGAAAUUCGUCUCGAGCGCAACAACAGUCCCGGUACCCAAAGUUUUCCUCGCGUUCGAGCACAAGAAAAGAGUCUACAUCGUGAUGGAGAGACUGCCCGGCCGGUCGCUCGAUUACGGCUGGGCCCAGCGAUCGGCCGAGUCGAAAGCCAGAAUCUUUGAUCAGCUUCGCUCAAUGGUGCAAGAGAUACGUAAACUACAGCCGCCACAAGAUUGCGGUGUUUCCAAUGUUUGCGGCGGGCCGAUAUUCGAUCCGAGGCUUCCAAAAUCACUCCACUGGGGCCCCUUUCGGUCGAUUCGCCAUUUCCAUCGAGAACUUCGCAACGGGAUUGAACUAGACGCCGUAAAGGAUGUCAGCACCCUCCCGGAAGGGUUAGAAAAUCUCAUAAAAUUCCACGAGCAGCCGUGGGACAAGCCUGUGUUCACUCACGGGGACCUGAGCAGCCUCAACAUUAUUGCGGACGGAGAUACCGUUGUCGGGAUUAUCGACUGGGAAACAGCAGGAUGGCUCCCUCCUUACUGGGAAUACACCUGUGCAUGGGAUGCCAACCCCCAGAAUUGGUUCUGGCAGCAAGAGGUGGAUAACUUCCUAGAGGCUAGGCCGCACGACUUGGAGAUGGAGACUAUUAGGAAGAGAUAUUUUGGCGCUUUCUGA